AUGCCUUCCUCUCGGGACCUGCCCCCUAUAACAACUCCAUUCUUUCCAAGGCUCUUCUACAGAAACCAGUUUGUCGCCAAACCUCAGCGGCCGCCAAAGGGCACCGACCUCUCGGGGCAGGUUGUAAUUAUCACAGGAGGCAAUACAGGUUUGGGUUUGGAGAGCGCCCGUCAACUGCUCUCUCUCAAUCUCUCACGUCUGAUUCUCGCAGUCCGUUCUAGUCAGAGAGGGGCGGAAGCAGCAAAAAAUCUCCAUGCCACCUAUCCACGAGCGACCAUCGACGUUUGGCAAUUGGACAUGGCCUCCUAUGAUUCAAUCCAGGCAUUUGUUCAACGCGCAGAGAACGAGCUGACACGCCUCGAUAUCAUCAUUCUCAAUGCUGGCAGAUGGACGUACAAUUUCACCAAGUUGCCUACUACCGGUCACGAGGAGAUCUUCCAGAUAAACUACCUUUCGACCGUUUUCCUUGCUAUCUUGAUGCUUCCCGUUUUGAAAAGCAAAGCUUCAGCGGGAAAGCCAGGCCGCUUGACCAUCGUCAAUGCUGCGCUGUCCCUGACCGCGAAAUUCCCGACCAAGGACAGAACCCCUUUGCUCCCUUCAUUCGAUGAUCCAAAGGCAUUCAACAUCAGCGAGACGUACAACACGUCCAAGGUGCUGGCGCACAUGUUCCUCUGGAAACUCGUCGACUAUGUCUCGGCUGACGACGUCGUCGUGAACCUCGUGGACCCUGGCUUUGUCAAAGGAACACGACUCGCGCGGGAUGCACCGAGGAUUAUGGUGGCUCUCGGUCAGAUAUUUGCUGCACUCACCGCCAGAAGUACCCGCGAUGGUGCCUCGACGUAUGUCGAUGCCUGUCUGCUCAAAGGGAAGGAGUCUCACGGAUGCUUCAUAAUGGGCUGGCAGAUCAAACCGUAA